AUGAAGCUCGUCUGGAUAGCCCAGCGUCUCGGUCGGCAAGGCCAACGACGCAAGUUAGCCCGGAUAGCUUCAUCCCUCUUCUUCAUAGUAGCCCUCACUGCCUUAUGUCUCUAUAUCCUACUCGCAUAUUACCUGGCAAAUGACCCACGGCUGGUGCCCGUGGCGUUUCAGGAGGCCCGGAGUAUCCUCCUCGUAACAGCCCACCCGGACGACGAGACUCUCUUCUUCAGUCCGAGCAUCACUUACCGUCGCGAGGACCAGCACGUGCAGCGGGCAUUGUUGGUGAUAUCCUCUGGGGAUUACGACGGAAUAGGUGAGCGUCGCCGACAGGAGAUCCACGAUAGCUGCUCCGUGCUAGGCAUCGUUCCGGAUCGGUGCGUCGUACUGGACAAUGCAGAGCUGCAGGAUAAUCCCAAGAAAUGGUGGGAUGGGGAUCUGAUCAAGGGACUUGUUGCGUCGCACGUUCAGAAAUGGAAUGUUGAUUUGAUCAUCACCUUCGACGACGGAGGCGUCUCGGGGCAUAUCAACCAUAGAGCCGUCAGCGCCGGUGUUCGGUUCGUUCUCUAUCUUCUUCUCACACCCAACGCCCCGCCCGUAUACACACUGCAGAGCACCUUCCUCCUCCGCAAAUACUCAUCGCUCCUCGACCUCAUCUCCACCUCGAUUCCGUUCUCGUGGCGCAUCCUCAAAGCCAUCCUUACCUCUCCCGCGUCAAGUACGGCGGACCGCGUCCACGAUCUUUCUCCGCUGGAGGCAUACAACGAUAAGGUCCUGCUGGUGAGUCCCUGGCGGACGUACCUCGUCUCGCGAGCGGCAUUCACCCAGCACGCGAGCCAGUACUCGUGGGAUCGGUCGUUUUACUUGGUCCUCAGUCGGUAUAUGUGGUUUAACAAUUUGAAUAAACUAGUAGUUUGA